AUGAGUGAGAUCGCACAUCCACGAUCGUCAGGCCCCAUUGCAGGUGGUUCGGCGGGGAAGAUUCUCCCCAAUACAGGCGCGGAGGGACAGAAGAACGAUGGAAAGGUUAAGAAGCGAAGUUUGGAUUAUGCCUUGCGGAGUGGUUUAGCUGGUGGAUUUGCAGGCUGUGCGGCCAAAACCGUUGUGGCACCUCUCGAUCGAGUUAAGAUCCUUUUCCAAUCCUCAAAUCCACAGUUCGCCAGGUACGCGGGUAGCUGGGCAGGUCUUGCAGCGGCCAUUAAAGACAUCAAGCGCUAUGAAGGCGCGCGCGGUCUUUUCAAAGGCCACUCAGCAACACUUCUCCGUAUCUUUCCCUAUGCCGCCAUAAAGUUCCUCGCCUACGAACAAAUCCGCUCCUUCAUCAUCCCAUCCAGCGAACACGAGACUUCUGUGCGCCGUCUAGUAUCCGGCAGUUUAGCCGGCAUGACCUCGGUCUUCUUCACAUACCCUCUAGAAUUAAUCCGAGUACGACUCGCAUUUGAAACCAAAGCGUCAUCGCGAUCAUCACUCCUCGAUAUCUGUCGACAAAUCUACCACGAACGCGCAAAACCUCCUUCUACAGGUCCUACCACAUCUGUUCCUCCUUCAUCCACCGCCGCUGCAGCCGAAACUGUCACAGCAACCGUAAACUCCGCAGUACCUCGCUCGGGUCUCGCAAACUUUUACCGUGGCUUCGGUCCAACACUUCUGGGAAUGCUCCCAUACGCAGGCGUGUCAUUCCUCACACACGACACGGUAGGCGACUGGCUUCGCACUCCUUCCAUAGUUCAAUACACGACAAUCCCAGACUCAGACGCGAUACCUCAUCAGAAGGGUUCGCGAAGACCACAACUUACCGCUGCGGCGGAACUUUUCUCAGGCGCAAUCGCUGGUGUUGUUUCUCAGACUUUUUCAUACCCUCUUGAAGUUAUUCGACGCCGAAUGCAAGUCGGUGGUGCAGUUGGUGAUGGCCAUCGUCUUGGAAUUGUUGAAACUGGUCGAAAGAUCUUACUGGAGCGUGGAUUCCGGGGGUUCUUUGUUGGGUUGACGAUUGGGUAUAUUAAGAUCGUUCCGAUGAGCGCUACUAGUUUCUUCGUUUAUGAGCGCUUGAAGUGGUCAUUGGGUAUUUGA